AUGAUGGUGAGGUACACUUGCAAGGUGAGAAACCUGUGGAUGAUGCUUGCAGAUGCUGAAGAGCAGUCAAAGCCCUUCUGGAGCCACACAGCAACAGGUGUGCAGUGCAAUGGCUGGUCUGUCCAUGUCCCAUCUGACGUUACUGGGGAGCUUGGGAAGAUGGUUAUCCUGCCCUGCACCUUCACACACCCCUACAAGACAUUUGACCGGGCUCUCACGGCCAUCUGGAGGAUCAAGGAGCCUUACAAUGGCACAGUGAUCUUCAAGUGUGUGAGCCAGAGCAGCAGCGAGCUCUGCAGGACUGCCAUCAGCCACAAGAACAAGUACAAGCUGCUGGGCAACCCCCGGCACAAGGACCUGUCCAUCCGGGUGGACAACGUGACCUGGAGUGACAGUGAGAGGUAUUUCUGCAGGGUGGAGCUGGCUGGAGACGUCCAGGACAAGUAUGAGAGCAGGAAUGGGAUAAAGCUGCAUGUGAUUGCCGCCCCCAGGAUCAUUAACAUCACGGUCAGCUCCAGCAGGGACCACACCUUCCAGGCUCGCUGCACAGCCGAGGGGGAGCCAGCCCCUGCCCUGAGCUGGAGCGGACCCCCCGAGAGCAGCCUGAGCUCCAGCAGCAUCUCCGGCCACCGUGUCACCAAGGAGCUGCGGUCCCUGAGCCACGACGGGAAAUACACCUGCACUGCAGUCAACAGCCACGGCAGGGCGGAGGGAGCCGUCUACUUCUACAGGUUCAGGGCAUCCGACAGCUCCUCCUUCAUGGUCCUCAUCUUCGUGCCGCUGGGAAUCAAGGUGGUGGUUCUGCUGGCGAUCCUGAGCUUCACCUUUUUCUCCAGAGAAGGAGAAGGAUAG